CUGCUUGCUGCCUUUCCUCCGCCAACUGCCAUCACUGUGGGGAGGCCCACCGGUCACGCAAUGUUUUCUCUCUUGCUGAUCCUCUCAGGCCUGGGCUGGCUGACCUCCGCAGGUCAUGACUCUGAAACAUCACUUAUGCAAACUACAGUGCCACGGAAGAUUAGAACCAACAUCGACGAUGGCGAUGUUUCAGAAAAGCAUGUCAUGUAUGCCCUCGAAAUUGAUGGGAAAACAUACACUCUCCAUCUUGAAAAACAGUCAUUUUUAGACCCUCAUUUCCGGGUGUAUUCUUACAACAAAUCAGGAACAUUGUAUCCAGAUUCUUCAUUUAUAAAGGGCCAUUGCUUUUAUCAAGGAUAUGCCGCAGAAUUUCCAAAAUCAGUUGUGACACUUAACAUCUGUUCUGGACUCAGGGGAUUAUUGCAGCUGGAGAAUGUCAGUUAUGGAAUUGAACCAUUGGAAUUUUCAUCUACAUAUGAGCAUAUGCUUUAUCAAAUAAAGAAUAAUGAAAUUCAUUUUCUCCCUUUACAAGAAAAUUAUACUAUAACCCCAUUGGUGAAUCAGUCCUACAAGAUUCUUGUGAAGUCAGAAAAAAAUUCAGAUGUUGUGCUAUUGAAAAGAACUCUGAAAAUACAAAUCAUUAUGGAUAAAGCUUUGUUUGAUUAUAUGGGCUCUGAAGUGGCAGUUGCAACUGAAAAUGUUGUCCAUAUCUUUAGCCUUAUCAAUACUAUGUUUUCCCAGCUUAAAUUGACUGUUAAUUUAACAUCUUUGGAGCUCUGGUCAGAUCAAAAUAAGAUUCCAUCUAACGGGGAUGCUAAUGAAGUACUACAAAAUUUUGUGUCAUGGAAAGAAAAGUUUUUGUUUCAAAGGUCCCAUGAUAUGGCAUUAUUAUUAAUUUAUAGGAACUAUUCUAAUUAUGUGGGAGCAACCUAUCAUGGAACGACAUGUGAUCCAAAGCAUGCUGCAGGAAUUGCUCUGUAUCCAAAGAGGAUAACUUUAGAGGCAUUUUCAGUUGUUCUGGCACAGUUGCUUGGAAUUAAUCUUGGAUUAACAUAUGAUGACAUCUAUAAUUGUUAUUGUCCAGGAACUACAUGCAUUAUGAAUCCUCAAGCAAUACGUUCCCAUGGUGUAAAGUUUUUUAGCACUUGCAGCGUGGAUGAAUUUAAAGGCAUAGUUUCACAGCCUGAAUUUGAAUGUCUUCAGAAUCAAACAAUUUCAGAAAUGAUCACCGGAAGAAAAACGUCAGUUUGUGGGAAUGGAAUUCUGGAACCAGAAGAGGAAUGUGAUUGUGGCCCUCCAGGGAAAUGCAGUCAUGAAAAAUGCUGUAAUCCUCAAAAGUGUGCUCUGAUUGGCUCAGCAGAAUGUGGCACUGGACCGUGCUGUGAUAAAAACACUUGUGUGGUGGCUGAUAAAGGAUAUAUAUGUCGGAUAAGCAAAGAUCCGUGUGAUUUUACAGAAUUUUGCAAUGGGAGCAUUGAGUAUUGCCCACGUGAUGUAACAUCUGCUGAUUUUGAACCAUGUAAUAAUCAUACUGCCUUUUGCUAUAAGGGAAUAUGCCGAGAUCGAGAUCUACAGUGUAUGGAAUUAUUUGGAAAAUUUGCUAAAAGUUCUACUUACCUGUGUUCAGAAGAAAUA